AUGAAUUUGCGCAUUGCUUCCCGGACGCAGGUCCAUUUUCGCCACUGCAUGCAGCGGGCUGCUUUCAGCACGUUCAAGACGACCGAGGCUACUCUCAACCUCGUCCGUCAGUCAAAGCCGUGGCCGCCGUGGUUGCGAGCUGAGAUGCGAAGCAACUGGGCCGGAGAGACUGGUGCGGUGGCGAUUUAUCGUGGCUGUCAAGCAGCCCUGAAGCAUAUUUCGGGCGACUCCACGCGAGACAGCCUUCGCCUGUUUGUGGAAGAGCACGUGGCCUCCGAAGAAGCACAUCUUGCCGCCAUGAGCGCCGUUGUUUCCCACUCGAGUGAGCAAAGCUGGAUGCCAGCCGAGUCUUUUGGAUUCGGUCUCGGAUACAUGUCCACUGCAGCCAGAGGUGCGCGUGGCAUGUAUGUCACAACCCAGGCAGUUGAGUCAUUUGUGGAAGAGCAUUACGGCGACCAGAUCGCACGCUUGGAAGUGGAGCUUUCAGCCGGGGAGCACCAGCCGCGCGAGGCGUAUGAAGCUCUCCUCACGCUCCUGCGAGAUGCAUGUGCAGACGAGAUUCAUCACAAAGAGGAUGCAGCCUUGAGGCUUACAGAUCCGCACUGCAGUUUUCGAACCAGACUUCUGGACUCUGCUCAAUUUUCGGCCGUGUACUGGGGCUCCCGGAUAGGGGCUGCAUUCGCCAAGCGAAUCUGA